AUGGGUCCGCCUUCUCUCGGGCCGACUGCACCGUUUGCCGAAGACUGUCUUCCACCGGAACUUGACUACGACUCUCGCGAUGACCUCCUCAUUUCGAUCAACGCUUGGGCUGCGACGCGGGCUAUGCCUUCACAACGGAAAGUCCACCAGAGCCAAGGGUGGCAGACAGACAGUGACCUUCGCGUGCGACCGGUCUUGUCGACCCCAAAUCCGUCGAUAGAACGUCAGCGAAAGACAACAACCCGAGGGACGGGCUUCGCCACCCUUCUGCUCAUCCUGCUCAUCAACUGCGAUUCUCUUGCCACACAACAAGACAUUUACAAUGGAAUUGCAGCUACCAAGAGAGAUGUAUGCGAAGGGCAAAGUUCAAUUCACGCUUUGGCCAGUCAGCUCGACCAGGAGGGGUUUUGGAGUCGGAUCCAACCCGGCCAAGACGGCCGAGUGACCGCAGUCCUGUUCGCUCAUCCAGAGUCCUUGACGUAUCUCCAGGCAUACCCAGAUGUCUUGUUGCUAGAUUGCACGUACAAGACGAACAAACACGGCAUGCCGCUCCUCGACAUGAUAGGAGUAGAUGCUUGUCAGCGAUCAUUUUGCAUAGCAUUUGCAUUCCUUGGUGGGGAGACCGAAGCUGACUUCGUGUGGGCGUUGGAUCGCCUGAGGUCACUGUACGAACACCAUAGCGCCCGCUUACCCUCUGUCGUCCUAACAGACCGCUGCAUCGCCUGUAUGAACGCCGUUGCCAUUUCCUUUCCCACUUCUUGCUCACUACUCUGUCUGUGGCAUGCCAACAAGGCCGUCCUCCGCUAUUGCCGGCCAGCCUUCGUCCGCCAGGACCAACCGGAGUCCACAAACGCAGAGACAAUUGAUACGUCAGAGAGCAACGGCUGGUCUGAGUUCUACCAAUUCUGGCACUCGAUCAUGGCUGCACCAAACGAAGAAGCAUUCAAGGACCGAGCUACGCAAUUCGAGAAGAAGUACCUACCCAACCACCUCAAACAAGUUGGAUACAUCAAAACUUUCUGGCUUGAAGGGUAUAAGGAAAAGCUUGUUAAGGCUUGGGUUGAUCAACAUGCUCAUUUUGGAAAUACAGUCACGUCGCGCGUGGAGGGCAUACAUGCAUUGUUGAAGGCCCAUCUCAAAAAGUCCACGCUAAAUCUUUUCGAGGCUUGGAGGGCGAUGAAGCACGCGUUACUCAAUCAACUGUCAGACUUGAGAUCGAAUCAAGCCCGACAGCAGAUUCGGGUCCCAAUUGAGCUCUCUGGGCCCUUAUACGCUUCAGUGCGCGGUUGGGUCUCCCAUGAAGCGCUGAGAAAGGUGGAGGAGCAGCGGAAGAUGCUUGCUCCAGACCAUCCUCCUGCCCAGUCGGAUUCCGGGCCCGUACCGGGUCCGCCCCGCGAUGCCACUGAGCUGCUGGUAUCGCCACCACCUAUCUCACCUGACUUGCCAGCCCCACCGCCGCCGAAAUAUGAUUCACCAGAAGCUAUACACAAAAGUUAUACCGCUGCAAGAAGCGCAUGGUAUGCAGCGCAGCCGGCCGGCAGCAUCAAGACAAACCAACAAUACCGCAAGGCAAUGAGGCUUCCAGCUAGGCAUUGCGCCACUACAACGGGGUUGAGAGCAUGGACGAAAGAAGAAAUGAUGGCAUACCUUGACUGGAGCCAUGCAGAAGAUCAGCGUGUUGAAGCCCAGAUCAUGAAGGAGAUGGGAGACAAUCCGUUAGCCAACACACGGAAGGGCGUGGCCGACAUUUGGCGACAGGUAGAAAAGGACAGCCGAGAGCAGGAAACGCUGUAUUCUGCACAUGUUGAGGCAGAUGAUUGUAUUUUCGUCGAGCCGUAG